AUGGUGGAGCUCCGUAAUGAAGAUCCAAGGGCCUUCCAGAACUCUAUGAGAAUGCCACCUGCCAUGUUCGAUGAAAUUGUGCAGAGACUGACACCAGCCCUUACCAAGGAGACCACCAACUGGCGAGCACCCCUUGAUCCAGGCCUGAAGGUUGCCCUCACCCUGAGGCAUCUUACUUCUGGCGCCAAGUACCGUGAGAUGCAGUAUGGCUGGAGGGUCCAUCACAACACCGUCAGUCUGGUGUUGCACGAAGUGUGUGCGGCCAUCGUCGAAGAAUUCCGUGAUGAGCUGCUCGCGCCACCACAGACUGCUGCAGAGUGGCGUCAGAUUAGUGACAAUUGGAUGAACAGUUGGAACUUUCCGUAG